AUGUUUGAUUUUCUCUCCACCAAGCACGAGCCCAACAAGAGUUCUUCUAGAAAUAGUUGCGACGCUUCGUCAAAUCUGAAGAAAGUCCCAACAACCCCCGACAAAAUCGAUACCGAGAAGAAGAACCUGGAAGCUAAGAUAUUAUCCCUUUAUCGCAUAGCCUGGCUUGGCAUCUAUCAAGUCCAUGACGAACACGGCCGAGAUCAUGCCACUAGAUUAGCCGAGCUCUUUAUCGGCGCAGGGAUGUCUUCGUAUGUGGACAAGUCCGAAGAAGAAUUCAACAAUCGUCACGGAAACAACCCGAGAACAUAUACCGGGGCAGAAAGCCGUGUCUUAAACCCUCUAUUCAUGGCUCUGCGGAAGAACGGGCUGAAGAACUUAAAAUUGUUCGAGGGAGUAUCCGUCACGUCGCUAGAGGCAGUGAUUGAACUGCUAGAAGCAUACGUGAAAGAGGCGACAGCAGUCAAUGGCUUGUACCAUUUACUCCGCGAACUCCAGGUGGGGCUUCGCACUCCAACGGAAGAUGAUGAACAGGCUGUUCUUGAGCAGUUCAUCCCUGUCGCAAAUCAGUUUGCGAAACGGCUGCUGCAUCUUGAUGCCAGAUUGAAGGUUCUGGUUUCGGACAUGGAGGAUGAGUUUUGGAAUGAGUAUGGGGCAGUCCAGGGCCGGGAGGGGUGGUUUGUGCACUAUGCGCUCUUCCCGUCGUUUACGGGACGUGGUAAGAAGAGCCUGAUGUCUUCCAUGAAAGCUUGA